UCAACCAUAAAUGCAGUUAAUUUCAUACAAAUCUAAUUCAGCCAUAUGCAUUUUGUAUAAAUUUUUUAUUACAUUGCCCCCCUCUGUACAGUAAGUAACCAUUUUAUAAAUUAUUAUAUUAGAAUUGUUUUAUUAUUACAAUUUAUUUAACUGCUUAGUCUUUUUUUUAAGUGCAAUUUUAUAUUCCUGUUGAAUAAGAAUGUUAUUAACUUGUUCUUUUCUGUGUGUGUGUGUGUUUCUGUGUGUGUGUCCUUUACUGUCCUGUUCUGUUCUGUCCUAUCCAUACCUUUAUAUCCAUUUUUCACUCAAACAUUUAUCUUGCUUCAAUCUCUACCUCUCGCCCAUUCUGUUCUUUCUCUUCCAAACCAAAAAACAACCUGCUGGCUGCUAAACCCCCAAACGCUGCUGCACUGCUUGCUGCUUCGCUUGCUUGCAACCCAAAACGCAAUCUUACCCAAAACGCAAAACCCAAAACGCAUGAACCCAAACGCAAAUGCAUGCUUGCUAACGCAUCUUGAAAAAUAAAGCCACCCGAAAAUACUUGAAACCAAAAACUCUUUGAAAACCAAAAACUGAUUGUGAAAAACCUGAUUGUGAAAAACCUGAUUGUGAAAAACCUGAUUGUGAAAAACCUGAUUGUGAAAAACCUGAUUGUGAAAAACCUGAUUGUGAAAAACCUGAUUGUGAAAAGCUUGAACAUCAAACCCAGGUGAGAAUAGUGAACUACACAUUCAGAAAGAGUGAAGAAAUUUCCAGAUUUCACAACGUUGGAAUAUCAACAAUUUUAAAGUACAAAAUCUUUUUUUGAUUAACUUCAAAUGAAUUCAUUUACUGUUGUCUUGUUAUAUAUCAAAUAUUGAACUUUUCUGUAGAACUACAUAAAAGCAUUAUCUGUGUUCCAUUUCAAGUAUAAGUGAACAUCAAUAUAUUUAUUCAUUACUCAGACACAUUUGCUUGAUUCCAGUACUGAAACAUCACCAUGCCAAGAAAAGGAAAGAGAAGUGAAUCUCAGAAACAGCGCAGAAAGCUACAAUCUUCAUUGGGCACCACUAACAGUACCAACUCUGUAUCAGGUAUGAGUGAGGAAAACCCAUACGUGCUGUCUGUUAAAGCGUCUCACUGUCAGACCGAUGCGAGGUACAAUGUGUACUCCAGAGGACGUCAGUGUACUUGUAAUUCCUUAAUGUUCCUAGCAGUCCAUAGUGAAAGAAAUGAGCUACAGAGUUUCGAUUUAGAUAGCAUUUUACAGAAAGGUGAUGCAGUCUACACUAGUGUCAAACAAGCUCUGCAGAGCAAAGGAAAAUUUGUGGGUAACUUUUUAAAUUUUGACGAGCUACCAAAGAUAAUUGAGACAAACACUCGCUGCUACAACAUCCUGAAACAUCCCCAGAGGUUUGGAUUUCUGAGAGAUACCCCUGCACUAGGCAACUAUGAAAAUCUUGAGAAUACUUUGCAGUGUCUCAGAGCCGAUGUCAGUGAUGCUUUGCUGUUGUGUGGAAACUCAUGUAUCGCUGUAUUCAGAGAUCGAUCAGGGAGGUUUGGUUAUUUUGAUUCUCACUGCAGAUCAAUAUAUGGAAUGCCUGUUGAAGAAGGCACAGGCACAGCGGUAUUCCUGACGUUUUAUCAAUUACAGGAUCUUGUGGACAGGCUUUUAAUAUUGUAUCAAGGAUGUUUUGAUUUGAGAGACCAGGAAGCGUUUGAGCUGCUGCCUGUAUCAUUCAUUAGCAUGAUGACUGAAAGCUGUGUACGUAUUGAAGUCUCCCUGAACUGCUGUGAUCUUGAAAAUGAUGUGCAACCAUCCGUCUCAUUUGAGAACAGAGCUAUGUCAAACGAUGAACAAUGCUCAUCUGCUGAUGCCCCACAACAGUAUGUUCAAGUCCAAGAUCCAGUUCAACAACUCUCUGAGACUGCUGUUAACAGAGCCACAUCAACUGAUGAACAAGCCCACUUGACUGAAGUCUCCCCGAACUGCGGUGACCUUGAACAUGAUGUCUUAUUUGAGAACAAAGCUCUGUCAAAUGAUGAACAAUGCUCAUCUGCUGAUGUCCCACCACAGUAUGUUCAAGUCCAAGAUCCAGUUCAACAACUCUCUGAGACUGCUGUUAACAGAGCCACAUCAACUGAUGAACAAGCCCACUUGACUGAAGUCUCCCCGAACUGCGGUGACCUUGAACUUGAUGUGCAACCAUCUUUCACAUUUGAGAAGAAAGAUCUGUCAAAUGAUGAACAAUGCUUGUCUACUGAUGUCCUACAUGUUCAAGUCCAAGAUCCAGUUCAACAACUCCCUCAGACUGCUAUUAACAGAGCCACAUCAACUGAUGAACAAGCCCACUUGCUUUAUAAAGAUAAAAUGGAAGUUCAAAUUACUGUCACUCAAAAUCAAGAUAAAUCUAAAAAUUUACCAUUGAGUGAACUUUCUUAUAACAUAUUGUCACAGGAUCAAUUGGCAUUUUCAGCUCCAAAUCACCAGAAUUCACAAUUCGCAGUCAAGCAGACAGAAAAACUGAACAAGACUCGAAAAAGAAAGUUAUACUAUAAAAAAUGGCAUAAAGAAAUGGUUCAGAGACAAGGUGUUUAUGACAAAAAACAGGCUGUACGUGAAGUCUAUGAUUAUAAAACAAGUAGUGAAUACAGACAAAGACAAAGCCAAGCCAUGAAGAACAACUAUAGGAAUAAUAUUAAUUAUAGAGAAGAACGCAAACAAGCAAUGAAAAACACCUAUAAAAAUAAUGAAAAAUACAGACAGAAUAAAAAGUGUAAAAUAACCUUAAAUUACAAAAGUGAUGAACAGUUCAGAGAGAGACAAAAGAAUUAUAUCAUUCAGAAUUACAGGAAUCGGGAACAGUUCAGAGAGAGACAAAAGAAUUAUAUAAUUCAGAAUUACAGGGAUCGGGAACAGUUCAGAGAGAGACAAAAGAAUUAUAUCAUUCAGAAUUACAGGAAUCGGGAACAGUUCAGAGAGAGACAAAAGAAUUAUAUCAUUCAGAACUACAGGAAUCGGGAACAGUUCAGAGAGAGACAAAAGAAUUAUAUCAUUCAGAACUACAGGAAUCGGGAACAGUUCAGAGAGAGACAAAAGAAUUAUAUCAUUCAGAAUUACAGAAAUCGGGAACAGUUCAGAGAGAGACAAAAGAAUUAUAUCAUUCAGAAUUACAGGAAUCGGGAACAGUUCAGAGAGAGACAAAAGAAUUAUAUCAUUCAGAAUUACAGGAAUCUGGAACAGUUCAGAGAGAGACAAAAGAAUUAUAUCAUUCAGAAUUACAGGGACAAUGUUAAGUAUAAGGAACAGCUUAAGCAAAAUCUUGUUGACAGAUAUUUAAAAGAUCCAAUUUUUAGGCAAAGGCAAAAAGACCAUUACACAAACCGAUGCAAAAAUGAUCCUAACUUCUAUAAAAGAAGAAAGGAAAUUUUUAAACAGCAUUAUCACUGUGAUGCUCAUUUCAGGGCUCGUCAGAAAGAAUAUUAUUUAUUCAAAUCUAAAUGCAAAACAUCUGCCCUUAAGGUACUUCACAAAGUACAUAGUGCACAAGAGAUAAAGUACAAAUACAAAAAAAUGUAUUUGAUGCAGCGGCAGAGAGAAACCGUACAAGAUAGCCAGCAUGACAUAGUACAAGAUCCAGGCAUGUUAAGAGCCUUAAAUGUUUUCAGAGAUGUUAUAAAACAGGGGCCAACUUAUGUCUGCACAUGCUGCGCCAGAGCACUCUUCUCCAAUCAAGUGCGUAAUUGUGUAGUGCAUAAAUAUAAAAAAAAUCCUACAGUUGCUGCACUUUGCUUGACUGGAAACUAUGUUCACAUCUGCUCUGACUGCCCUGAUCGAUGUGCCUUGGAGAACAUGAAAACAGAAUGGAUCUGUCACAGCUGCCAUACGACACUUUUGAGAGGUACAAUGCCAGAUAUUGCUGUAGCUAAUAUGCUUCAGUUCACUCCCAUUCCUUCAGAACUGUGUGAUUUGAAUAUUCUAGAAAGACAUGUCAUUGCAAAGUACAUUCCCUUUGCGAAAAUUUUAACACUUCCUAAAGGCCAACAGAAAGCUAUAAAAGGAGCUGUAAUUUCUGUUGCAUCUGAAGUGGAAACAACAGUAAAUUGUUUACCAAGGCCCAGAAGUGAAUCACAGCUGCUUACUGUGAAGUUGAAAAGACGUCUGUGCUACCAAGGUCACUAUCAGUACCAGACUUUGAACAUGCGUAAGGUCUUGUCUGCUUUAAGUAAACUAAAAGAAAUGCAUUCAGAAUAUAAAGAUAUCAUCAUUAAUGCAGCACUCUCAGAAGAAGAAAUGUUCAAUGAGCAUGAACCGUCCACAAAUGACAUCAGUGCUCCUGAUGAGGAAAUGGAUGUUGAGAGCAGCAGUCAAAAUGAGAACACUGAAGAUCAGAGCAAUGAGAAUCAACACAAUGAUUCAAGUGAUGACCCUGAGAAUACUGCAGAAGAGCAAUCGAGAGGCCUUGCUUUGGAUACAUGUCUUCAGCCCCCAGAUCUUGGUCAGCAGCUGUUGUCUUAUGAUGACGGAAUAUUUUGCAUUGCCCCAGCAUCGAAAAAUAGUCCUGUUAGCAUUUUCAAAGUUAAAAAACUUGAAUCAAUGUCAUUCCCGGUUCAGUUUCCUGAUGGGAAAAAUACCUUUGAUGAGCCUGACAGAGCAAAACAUGUUUCCCCCAGCAGAUACUUUAACACAAGGCUAUUUUCUAUUGACAAUCGUUGUGCAAGAGACACAAACUACAUCUUCUUUGCUCAGUUUGUCACUGAAAUGCAUAUGGCAACAUCUAGUAUGUCUAUCCAGCUGAGAAAAGCAAAACCCAUGACCCGUGAUGGACGCAGAAUAAACUGUUCACUGCUGCAGGAUAAACAGGAGUUAGAAAAGCUUGUGAAUAAUAAGGAGGCAACACGUUUCAUGCAACCAUUAAGAGGGACUCCAGCAUACUGGGAGAAAACUAUGCGUGACUUAUUUGCUAUGUUGAGACAGCUGGGCACUCCCACAUUUUUCUGUACGUUUAGUGCUGCUGAGAUGAGAUGGCCUGAAGUGAUUACUGCUAUUAAAGCACAGCAAGGUGAAACUGUGAACUUUGAUGAAUUAGACUGGUCUGAAAAAUGUGAAAUCUUGAGAAGCAACCCAGUCACAGCCAUGCGCAUGUUUGAAAAACGCGUUGAAGCCUUAAUGAGAGAUCUAAUCAUGUCACCCGCACGGCCUAUCGGUGAGGUAAUUGACUUUUUUUACAGAGUAGAAUUUCAGUUACGUGGUUCUCCACACAUUCACUGCUUAUUUUGGGUGAAAGAUGCUCCAGAGUUUGAAAAUGAUGAAGAUCAGGAUGUUUGUGAUUUCAUUGAUAAAUAUAUAUCAUGCAAAUUACCAGAUCCAAACAAAGACCCAGAACUGCAUAGAAUUGUAAGUGAAGUACAGAUGCACAGCCGUAAUCACUCAAAAUCCUGUAAAAAGAACAAGAAGCACUGCAGAUUUGGAUUUCCUAAACCACCCAUUAACAGAACCACAAUAACCCGCCCCAGACCUCCUCCUGCAGAAAAUUCUGAUGAUGAGAAUGGAUCAGAGGAAAGAGAUUAUGCCACCGUUGCAAAAGAACAGCUACAGAAGGUGUGGGAUCUACUGAAUGACUCAAGUCAGAGUUUUGAAACCAUUACACAGCUACUGAAUCAAGCAAACUUGACUUAUGAAGAGUAUGAGAAACAUAUUGAGGCUCUGUCUACAUCAAGUUUAAUAGUUAUGGAGAGACAACCACAGGACUGCUGGGUUAAUGGGUACAAUCCAAUGUUAUUAAGAGCUUGGAAUGCAAACAUGGACAUACAGUUCAUUCUGAACCCCUACAGCUGUAUCAUGUACAUGCUCUCGUACAUUUCAAAAGCUGAACAUGAGAUGAGUGAUUACCUGAAGAGAGUGGUAAAAGACUCAAGCCAUGAUAACCUGUCUGACCGUGAGUGCAUGAAACAAGUCAUGAAUGCCUAUUCAAAGAACAGAGAAGUAAGCGCUCAAGAGGCAGUCGCUCGCACAUGCAGUCUGAAAUUGAAAUCAUCAUCACGUUCUGUCAUUUUCAUACCCACUGAUGACAAUGCUGUAAAGAUGAGUUUACCAAUGAGGUACUUACAGACCAUGGAUGAUGAUGUGGAGAAUGUGUGGAUGACAGGAUUGCCAGACAAGUACAAGGCAAGACCUAAUAGGACUGAAUUUGAGAACAUGUGCAUGGCAGAAUUUGCAAGUGAAUACCGUAUUGUUUAUGGAGGACAGACAAAAGGUAAAAAUGUUUUGCCACUUCAAAAAAAUAUGGGACGCAUACAGAAAAGAACAAGGGGAAAGCCUGCUGUUAUUAGAUUUGCUCGUUUUUCACAAGAAAAACAUCCAGAAAAAUUCUAUGGAACCCUUCUAAAACUUUACCUACCAUAUCGCAGAGAUGAACAGCUGAAGUCCACAAGAUUCACCACAUAUGAAUCAUUUUAUGCAUUUGCUUCGGUAAAACUACCAGGCACUGAUGAACUGCAGCGUGUGUUCGACAUUGUAAAUGAAAACCGUAAGAAAUAUGAAAAACAUAAUGAGGCUAUAGAAAAAGCAAUUGAGGAUUUUGAACAGAAUGGGCCAAUUGAAGAUGCAUGGACUACACUGGCACCUGCAAAUGAACUGAUCAGAUUGGAGAGCAUUAUGGAACGUGAACCCACUGAUCCUAAUGAAGUGAAUGAGCAAGAAGACGUUCCUGAAUACACAGCAUCUACCUCUGUCAGUAACACAGCUAUGCCACUCAUGGAAACUGCCCAGCUAAAUCAUGCACAGAUUCGCAGAAUGUACCAGAGCUUGAAUCAAACACAAGCUUCCAUAUUUUAUGCUGUGCGAGACUGGUGCAAAAGAUGUGUUUCUGGUGAAAGCCCACAACCGUUUCAGUAUUUUUUGAAUGGAGGAGCCGGAGUUGGUAAAUCACACGUUAUUAAAUCUAUUUAUGCAGAAGCAUCCAAAAUCCUGCGUAGGCUUCCAUGCAUGAGAGAGCAUACUGACAUUUCACAGCCUACUGUUCUUUUAACCGCCUUCACAGGCACUGCAGCCUUUAAUAUCUCAGGUAAAACACUGCACUGUCUUUUGAAACUCCCAAGAAGCUUGAAGCCUCCUUACCAAGGCCUGGGAAACAGCUUGGAUGAAAUGAGGGCAGACCUUUCUAAUGCACAUAUUUUAAUUAUUGAUGAAAUCUCAAUGGUGUCAAAACAGUUGUUUGCAUAUGUGAACUGGAGACUGCAACAGAUUAAAGGAAACCAGAAACCUUUUGGUGGAUUGUCCAUACUCGCUGUUGGUGAUUUUUUCCAGCUGCCACCACUUGGAAGAGCAAAACCACUCUGUGUGUAUGAGGACCAUGUGUUGGACUUCUGGAGAGAUCAUUUUCAAAUGAUAACACUGACACAGAUAAUGAGGCAGAGAGAUGAUCUUGCAUAUGCUGAGCUACUCAAUCGUCUUAGGGUGAAACAGAAGCACGAAAAACUGACUGAUGCAGACAAGUGCAUGUUAGAAGCAGUCAUAAGAUCAUCCCCUGAAGAGUGUCCUAUUGAUGCAUUACACAUCUAUGCAACCAAUAAAGAGGUAGACAGUCAUAAUACUGAAGCCAUAUCCACGCGCUUUUCAGAUAUCAUUAACCUCGAUGCGCAUGACUACAAAAAAGAUCCACGAACAGGUGAGAUGAAAAGGCAAGCUGUUCCAUUAAAAGGAGACAAACGUGAUCUAAUUGAUACACUACAGAUUGCUAUUGGUGCACGUGUGAUGCUUACUAGAAAUAUUGAUGUAGAAGAUGGACUGGUUAAUGGAACUUUUGGCAAUGUGGCAAAAAUAACAGCUCAAACUCAAGGUGGUGUUCCUGUCAUUCAAUCAAUUGGUCUUCAUCUAGAUAAUCUGACUGCUGGACAGAAACAUCGCAACAUAGCACCUGCUGGAAAUGACAAUAUUGUCUAUAUUGAGAGGUCAGAGGAACCACUAAAAAAAAAGGAACAGUUCGAAGGCAAUUCCCCAUGAAACUUGCUUUUGCUUGCACAAUCCAUAAAGUCCAAGGAAUGACAACAGAUUGUGCUGUUGUAUCUCUGAAGCGCAUAUUUGAAUCAGGCAUGGCAUAUGUUGCACUCAGCAGAACAACAACACUCAGCGGACUGCACAUUACUGACUUUGAUGAAAAUAAAAUUUUCUGUGAUCCAGAAAUAAAUGCCUCUUUGAAGAACAUGACAAAAGCAGAUUUUCUGAAUAUUCAACCCAUCCUUCACAUUGUACAAGAUUCAAAAAUGAAUUCUGCUCUUAAAAUCAUUCAUCAUAACACAGAGGGACUGGAGUGUCAUUUAGAUGAUUUGAAAUGUCACCAUGAACUUUUACUGGCUGAUGUUUUGUGUCUCACUGAAACACACCUGUCAGGCUCAGCUGUUCCUGCAUACCUCCAGCUGGAUGGAUACACCAUGUACAAACGCAACAGACAUGCAUCCUACACAAACUACACCCAUUUGGCAAAUAAGAAAGGUGGUGGAGUGGCAAUUUAUGUGAAGAACAACUUUCAAGUUUCUCCUCUGAUGUACAUACAGAAUGUUACUGACCUGGAAUAUUUGGUUUUGAAGAUAAAAGCCCCCAAACAAGCACUUCUUGCAGUGAUCUACAGACCACCCAGUUAUAAUUUAGCAGACUUUUUGGCAAACCUAAAUGCACUCUUGACAUCUCUGGAGAUCAUGGAUUUCAAGCCCAUUAUAGUGAGUGGAGACUUUAAUGAAGAUCAGCUGUCUCUUCACAACAAACCUAUUCUCAAUUUGUUUGAAGAUAAAGGAUACACUCAGCUAAUCAGCACCGGUACAACAGAAAACAACACUCUUUUGGAUCCUAUUUUCGUAAGUGGUUCACACUCAAACAUAAGAGCAGGAGUUCUACAGACAUAUUACAGCUAUCAUGAUCCCGUGUAUUGUGUUUUAGAUUAGAUACAUCAUGUAUACAAAAGUCUGCAUAGAUCUCUCAUUCAACACUUAUGUAAAUUUUAUUUUAUAAUUUCAAGACAUAAUAAAUCUAAUUUUGAGAAAUAAUGCUAAUGCAAAUACAAAUUAAUUCAGUGUAUAUUAAUAAACAUCACAUUUUGUGUGUUUUGGAUCCUGUUUUCGUAAGUGGUUCACACUCAAACGUAAGAGCAGGAGUUCUACAGACAUAUUACAGCUAUCAUGAUCCCGUGUAUUGUGUUUUAGAUUAGAUACAUCAUGUAUACAAAAGUCUGCAUAGAUCUCUCAUUCAAAAGUCUGCAUAGAUCUCUCAUUCAACACUUAUGUAAAUUUUAUUUUAUAAUUUCAAGACGUAAUAAAUCUAAUUUUGAGAAAUAAUGCUAAUGCAAAUACAAAUUAAUUCAGUGUAUAUUAAUAAACAUCACAUUUUGUGUGUAUUCCAUGUGUGCAUGUGUGUGUGAAUGUGUUAAAUAGGGAAGGUGUGUGUGUGUGUGUGUGUGUGUGUGUGUGUGUGUGUGAGUGUGUUAGAUAAAGAAUGAAUGGAGAGUGAAUGUCCUUUCCAAGGAUCGCCACCUUGACGUGGUGGAAAGGCUUGUGUGUUCCAGUGAUCCCAAGAGUAAGUCAUUCUGGAGAUUUUUACUCCAGUUUGUCAUUCUUAAGGGUGAGGUACCAGACUAAGUGCGAUCCAAAUGGGCAUAAACUGAAUAAAAUUAUAUUUAAGCAUAAA